GGCGGAGGCAGGUCCGGAGAGGGGUGGGUGGCGUGGAAGAGGCGGAGGCUGGCAGUGGGCUCCGCUCUGGUUUGGCUGCCAUGUCCCGCCAGGCGAAGGACGACUUCGUGCGGCACUACACGGUCUCCGACCCACGGACCCACCCCAAGGGCUACACCGAGUAUAAAGUAACCGCGCAGAGCAUGACAAUCAUGUCUGCCUCACUGGGAUGUAGGAUAAUGAACAGAAGAUGGUUUGGAAACUGCCAAGUGCUCAAAACUUUCAUCUCAAAGAAGGACCCGGAAGAUGUCAAAGAGGUGGUGGUCUGGAAGCGGUACAGCGAUUUCCGCAAGCUACACGGAGACCUGGCCUACACCCACCGGAACCUCUUCCGCCGCCUUGAGGAGUUCCCCUCUUUUCCCCGUGCCCAGGUGUUUGGCCGGUUUGAAGCCUCUGUGAUCGAGGAACGGCGAAAGGGGGCAGAGGACCUGCUCCGUUUCACCGUACACAUCCCGGCGCUCAACAACAGCCCCCAGCUCAAGGAGUUCUUCCAGGGCGGGGAGGUGACACAGCUCUCCGAGGUGUCCAAGGACCUGCACAUCCUGCCACCCCCCCUGAUCCCCACGCUGCCUCCUGAUGAGCCCAGGCUGCCCCCUGAGGAGCCCUGGCUGCUCCAGCGGCUCCCUUCUGAGAGGAGGGGCCUCGAGGAGUUGGAGGUGCCAGCCGACCCCCCACCAUCCAGCCCUGCCCAGGAGGCCCUGGACCUCCUCUUUACCUGUGGGAGCACCGAGGAGGCCACUGGGUCCCCUGCCCACGGCCCGCUGACUGAGGCUGAGCUGGCUCUCUUUGACCCCUUCUCCAAGGAAGAAGAUGCAGGCCCCAGCCCCACCCACACAGGCAAGCUGGCAGCAGUGGAGGCAGAGCCCAGGAGGCUGGACCAGGAGCCCUGGGAGCCAGGAGGGCAGGAGGAGGGAGAGGACGGGGAAGGAGGGCCCACCCCUGCCUAUCUGAGCCAGGCCACGGCAGUCAUCACCCAGGCCCUGCAGGACGAGAAGGCAGGUGCCUACCCUGCCGCACUGCAGGGCUACCGAGAUGGCGUGCACAUCCUGCUCCAGGGGGUCCCCGGUGACCCGUCCCCUGCCCGCCAGGAAGGUGUGAAGAAAAAGGCAGCUGAGUACCUGAAGCGGGCAGAGGAGAUCUUGCGCCUCCACCUGUCCCAGCUCCCGCCCUGAGAGGGAGUAGACCCUUCCCAGGACUCUAGCUCCAGCACUGCCAGCCACCUUCUCCUCCUCUCCUUGGGGCCAGGCCCUAGCCCCUGGUCUUGUAACCCCAGGGGCCAUUUCUGUAUGUAACCAGACCAAGAAUGAGAAAAUUAAUUCUCAGCUCCCUGACUAUCUGCUGCCUUGGAACCAGGGGUUCACACUUCUGAUCCCACCCGUCUCUGUCUUGUGUGAAGAGCAGCCCUGGUCGCUAAACUACGAGUUUACCCAUCUAGAACUGGGGUCUGCAAACCGUCGCCUGAGGCCAAAUCCGGCCAUCACCUUUUUUUUUUUUUGGUACGGCCCAUGAGCAAAGAAUGCUGUUUUACAUUUUUUAAUGGUUGAAAAAACUCUAAAGAAUAAUAUUUAAUGACAGGUGAAAAUUACAUGAAUUUAAGUGUUUAUAGCCCAUUUGUUCAGCAGUAGUGUCAAUUGCUGCUUUCCUGGCACACCAGCAGAGUUGAGUAGUUGUGACAGAGACUGUAGAACUCGCAAGCCUAAAAUAUUUACUAUUUGGCCUUUUAAAGAAAAAGUUUGCUGACCCCUGAUCUAGAAAAUGGGGAGAAUAGUCCCAGGGAAGAGUAGGAAAUGGCAGUGAACCCGCUAAGCCUAAAACCAUACCCAUUGCCAUGGAGUCCGUUCCGACUCAUGGCGACCCCAUAUGUUACACAGUAGAACCGCUUCAUAGAGCUUUCUUGGCUGUAAUCUUCACAGUAGCAGAUAGCCAGGCCUUUUUUCAGUGGCACCACAGGGUGGGUUCAAACCGCCAAUCUUGAAGUCAAGUGCAAACCAUUUGCACCACCCAGGGACCUAGUUAGACUGAUAGCGCCAGAUUAUUUCGGAGGGAAAAAAGGUGAAGAGGAACCCAAAGUAGGAGCACCCACUUCAGGAGGUCCAAGACCAAACCCAGAUGAUUCAAGGGGCUGGAACCAAGGAGGGCUGAGAGGGUGUGGCCCUACCCCUGCCCCGCCUGCGCCCCGCCCCAUCUACAAUGCGAUUGGUUGCGGAAGAAACUACAAACCAGUGCAUCAUGGGAGUGGCUCCGCUUACCGAGUAGUUAAAAACA